UCAGCUGAGGGCGACAGAGGGAGGUGUUGUCCCCCCUCUCCCGCUUCUCAAGAUUUCCCUCAGUCCACAAUAAACUUUCAUUUUGGGAAGUCGACACACAUAUACACACACCGCUGGGCUUCUACAUCUUGUCCUGCAUUGAUUCCCCGGGAAAGCUGGACGAGACUCUAACGGAAAGACGGAAAGAAAUAUCGGAAGCGCACAGGAACACCUGGGAUGGAAAAACUUUAUCUGCCUCCUCUGGACUGUAGAAAAAACUCCCAAGAAAGAAUGAAGUAACCGCUAUGGAGCCGGAUAAUGCCCCGUACUCCAAACUGAAAACCACUGGAGUCGGGGGGAGAGUUCUGAUUCUUUGGACUUUACUCUGUUGUACCUGCUCUCUAAGGCUAACACAAGCACAAGAUGUAGAUGUCUUGCAGCAGCUUGGACUUACUGGGCGAAGGACUGGCAGCUCCCCAUCUUCAAGCUCUCGAUCCAUCCAUCAUGGCAUCAUCCCCUUCAAGUCAGGCGUUAUCCUCACUGAGAGGGCACGCAUCCAGGCACCUCUGCGAACUGUUAUACCCUCUUCUUACAACCCCUCCAAUCUCUCCCUUAUCCUUAGCCUAUCUGUUCAUCGCAUCAACAACGCUUUCCUUUUCUCAGCUCUGUCAAAGAAAAGAAAAGUUCAGCUCGGAGUGCAAUUUGUACCAGGGAAGGUCCUUGUACACGUAGGACAGCAGAGCUCUGUAAGUUUUGACUACGAUGUCUACAAUGGCCAGUGGCACAGUCUGGCUUUGGAUAUUCGAGGCCAACAAGUGUUCUUACACACAUCUUGUGGUAAGAAAAGCAUACAUGCAGAUUUGCAUUCUAGAAAACAGGAGACUCUGGAUCCAGAGGGCUCCUUCCUGCUGGGCAAAAUGGACCACAGCUCGGUGCCAUUUGAAGGUGCCAUCUGUCAGUUUGACAUUUAUCCCUCAGCUGAGGCAGCUCAUAACUAUUGUGAUUACAUUAAGAAACAAUGCAGAGAAGCUGACACUUAUCGGCCUGUAUUUCCACCACUGCUACCUCUAUUUUCCACAGACCCAAACGUGACUGUCACUCACAUAACUCCUCUCUCUUUGACGGAGAUAUCCAAAAAGGCUCGGACACCUAAUUUGGCCUUCACUGAGGAAAACAUGAGGACUACAGUUCUUCCUUCAACCAACUCCGUGAUGUCUGUGUAUAUGGCAAUGAGUACUCCAAAACCUGGUGCUGUGUCCGUUUCUCCAACAGUUCACCCAGGGCUUGAAAGCCCAUCUAGAUUUCCAACUCAGUCUGUUACAACAUCUCCUGGGAUCAACAUGACUCCACCGAACCCCAAACCAACCUCACACGCCAUAAAAAACACAAAGCAGGCAGAUACCAACUCACCGCAACCUUCUGGAAAAAGUAUACACUUACCUGUUUUUACCAGAUCAUCAGAGAUGAAGCCGGCUCUCCAAAGUACAGCUGCUUCCACGCAGGGGUCUCCUUCAAACGCCUACUUUUCUAAUAAAAAGCAGCUAACCACAGUAGCUCCAAAGAAACCCGAGCCAAAGGUGACCAGCGUGCUGGAUGUCAAGCCCACCUCGCUCACUCCAGUCACUCCAGCUGCAACAGAUGGCUUUCAAACAUUUGACCUGGAACCGACCCAAUUCUCUGCACUCGCUGGAUCACCUGGACUAAAGGGCGAACCAGGACCGCUGGGUCUGCCAGGACUUCCAGGGUUGCCAGGAAAGCCGGGCAAGAGGGGCCCACGGGGUCCUCCUGGCCCCCAUGGAAAUCCGGGUCGUCCUGGACUGCCUGGAAUGAAGGGACAAAAAGGAGAUCCUGGACUGUCCCCUGGUCAACCCCCAAAAGGACAAAAAGGAGAGUCUGGUGUCACGGGCCCCCCUGGGCUGCCUGGCCAAGACGGACGAAAGGGACAAAAAGGAUAUCCUGGUCCUGCUGGUCUCCCGGGUGAACCUGGUGAGCGAGGAGAUGAUGGAAGCCCUGGGGCAAAAGGCUAUCCUGGCAGGCAGGGCUUUCCUGGGCCUGCAGGAAAAAUGGGGAUAAAAGGGGUGAGGGGUCACAUUGGCAUCCCUGGGCUUUUUGGCUUUCCUGGUCCUGAUGGCGAGAGAGGAAUUCCUGGUGUUCAUGGGAAGAAGGGCAAGAUGGGUAGGCCGGGCUUUCUUGGUGACGUUGGAGAGAGGGGACCACCUGGCCCUGAUGGGAACCCAGGUGAUCUGGGAGCUCCUGGCCCAUGUGGAGUCCCUGGUCUUAUUGGAGACAUGGGCCCUGUUGGCAUUAUGGGAUUACCUGGACCACCAGGACUCAAGGGAGUACCUGGAAAUACAGGGGAACAAGGACUGAAAGGUGAUAAGGGGGAUGUUGGCCUGCCAGGAGAGCCGGGAGAAUGUGGAUUCCAAGGGGACAAGGGCAGCCGUGGCUCACGUGGGUUGCCCGGUCCUUGUGGAAAACCUGGACCACAGGGCAAACCUGGUGAGAAGGGCCCUGUUGGUUUACCUGGUCCUCCUGGCCUAGAGGGCUUUCCAGGUGACAUUGGCCCACCAGGACAAAAUGGCCCUGAAGGUCCCAAGGGAAAACAAGGAGCAAGAGGUUUGCCAGGUCCAAGUGGAACUUCAGGACUUCAGGGUGAUGAGGGGCCAGUUGGGCCAGCUGGACCCGCUGGACCCGAGGGCAGGCCGGGGAGGCAGGGAUUCCCUGGACUGACGGGCACAGAUGGACUCAAGGGUGAGACCGGGAUAACUGGCGAGGUCGGAAAGCUUGGCGAGAGGGGACUGCCUGGUUUUAUUGGGCCUGUCGGAGAGAUGGGUAUCGCGGGAGAAAAGGGUGAUCGAGGGAACACAGGCGUCCCCGGGCCACCAGGUGAACAGGGGCCGAUGGGUCACCCUGGAAUACCUGGUGAGAUGGGGCCACCUGGACUGCAAGGGAUUCCAGGGCCUCCAGGUUCCCGGGGAUCUGUUGGUAUCAGAGGACCCAAAGGCAGGAGGGGUCCAAGAGGUCCAGAUGGCCCAGUGGGGGAGAAAGGAUCUACAGGAAUAAAGGGCCCUGAUGGUCCACGAGGAAAAUUGGGCCUCCCUGGAGACAUGGGAAGACUUGGUGAGCCAGGUGAAUCUGGGCCUAAAGGAUUUCAAGGUAUCCAAGGCCACUCUGGACCUCCAGGAGCCAAAGGACUUGCAGGAGAGCCAGGACCAGCAGGGCCACCAGGAACGACUGGGCCACUUGGGGAGAUUGGGCCGAGUGGGCUACCAGGGAAGACCGGAGAGAGAGGACCGCCUGGUGAUCUUGGAGAGAAGGGUGACAUUGGUCUACCUGGUAGCAUCGGCGAACAAGGCUUGAUUGGCGAGAGAGGUGAGCCAGGCAUAGAUGCGGAGGCUGGGCCAAGUGGACCUGAUGGUGCCAAGGGUGAAAAGGGGGAUGCUGGUCCUGAGGGCACCACAGGAGACAGGGGUGAAUUUGGCCUGAAAGGAAAGGAAGGACCCCCUGGGCCUCCUGGGCUUGUGGGCGUGAGGGGUCAGGAGGGUAAACCUGGCAAAAUUGGGGAAAGAGGAAGGCCAGGAGAAAAGGGGAGCAAAGGUCAACAAGGUCAUCUGGGUGAGACUGGGCCAGCCGGUGUGCCGGGAGAGCUAGGAUUUGUUGGGCAGAAGGGAGCAAGAGGAACCAUCGGACCAGUGGGUGCUCCAGGGAGAAUGGGCCAACAAGGAGACCCGGGCAUAUCAGGUUACCAGGGUCACGCUGGACCACCAGGCCCACUGGGACCACCUGGGCCAAAAGGUGAAAAGGGUGAACAGGGGGAUGACAGCAAAUUAGAAGGUCUCCCAGGUCCUGAAGGUGACAGAGGCCGUCCUGGAGACAGAGGAGAGAGAGGAGAACCAGGUGACCCAGGGCAGACUGGUCAAAUAGGUUUUGAUGGAGCAAGAGGGGAUCCUGGUGCCCCUGGCCUUCCUGGGAAACCUGGACCAAAGGGACAACCAGGACUGAAAGGAUCCAAAGGUGACCAAGGUCAGAAAGGAAAAUCAGGGGCAAGAGGUGCAUCUGGUACCAAAGGGCCACCAGGUCCCGAGGGUUCCACUGGUCCACGUGGGGUUGUUGGGAGGGAGGGACUUGAGGGUCCACCUGGUAUGGAUGGCCAGCCUGGCAUAGAUGGAAGUAAAGGCGUUAAGGGGGAGCAAGGAGAAGAUGGAAACGUGGGCUUUCCUGGAAAACCUGGGCAGCAGGGUGAAAAGGGUGUAACAGGGCUUCCUGGAAAUCAAGGAUCCUUUGGUCCAAAGGGCGAGAAGGGGCUCCCAGGACAAAUUGGUCCAGCAGGGAAGAGAGGAUCCAUUGGCGGGAUGGGAUUACCAGGAAAACAAGGAGAUCAGGGAGUUAAAGGGCAACUGGGGGAUACUGGUGAACAAGGAUUUCCGGGGGUGUUUGGUCUCUUUGGACCAAAGGGACCUCCAGGAGACACUGGCCCAGCAGGAAUACAGGGACCAAAAGGACCACGUGGUUUGAUGGGUAUGGAGGGUGCUUUGGGCCCCGUUGGCAUCAUUGGCCCCAGCGGUCAUCCUGGACCCCAGGGUGACAAAGGAAGUCGAGGGGAGACGGGGACGCAGGGACCUAGAGGAUCUCCUGGUCCUCGUGGACCACCUGGACCAACCGGGCGUCCCAGUUCUGCCCUUUCACUUAGAAAUGAAGCCCUCGGUGCUGCUUUUCAAGUCAUUAUUGAUUCCCAUGCUGCACUGAGACAAGAGAAUUAUCCGAGCAUGGACCUGCCCAUGUUAGACCAGGGCAAUGAGAUAUUUAAGAAGCUGCAGCAUCUCAGCACUCUGAUCCAGAGUCUUAAGAACCCGCUGGGAACCCGCGACAAUCCUGCCCGAAUCUGCAGAGAUCUCUACAACUGUGAGCAGAAGAUGUAUGACGGCACUUACUGGAUUGAUCCAAACCUCGGAUGCGUAGCUGACAUGAUUGAGGUGACUUGCAACUUCACUGGUGGAGGACAAACUUGCCUGAAGCCUCUCACAGUUUCCAAGUUGGACACCGGGGUCGGUCGCAUCCAGAUGAACUUCAUCCACCUUUUGAGCACUGAGGCUGUGCAGCACAUCAUCAUUCACUGCCUCAACAUGUCUGUGUGGGCAGCAGGGCCUUCCCUGCAACGUUCAUCCACAGCUGUAAGCUUCAAAGCUUGGACAGGGGAGAGGAUUGGAGCAGGAGACCUCCUGCAGCCGCUCGUACCCAGAGAUGACUGCUGGAUCAAGGAUGGGCGCUGGCAUCAGACGCAUUUUAUCUUCCAGAGCCAGGAUCCAAACUUACUCCCCAUAGUGGAUGUGCACAACCUCCCAACUGCAGAGCCCGGGGCACACUAUCACCUAGAGGUUGGACCUGUGUGCUUCUUAUAAAUAACUGUGGCACGCUCCUAAAAGCAGUGACUUCAUGGAAGAUUUUGGAUUAGGGAGAACAGCACUUCAGUGAUUUGCAAAAAAGAAAAAAAAACACAAAAAAAACAACCUCCCAUUUUUUUUCUCCCCAAAAUAUGCUUGGACUGCAGAAACAGGAGGGGCGCCAGAUAAAGAAGGCCCGUUGGAAUCGCAGAGAUAAGACUUCUGGCACUAAUCAGCAUAUGCAACACAAUAAGCUCCUUUUGUUAGAGACUUGUUUGUGUGACACAAGACCUGGAUGCCCCUUUUGGAAGGAAGUAUUAUGAACGUCUCAUUUCUGUCAUCUCUCAGACCACGGUGUAUCAUAGUUUCUUCACGGUCUGACUCGUAUGGAAAUACAGAACAGUUCAAAUUCAGUUACUCCUUCUUUCAACGUUUAAGUAUUAUUUAAACAUGUAUAUGUACUGUAUAUUGUAAGAUAAAGUGCAAUAGUUAUUGUUACACAGCCUUUAAGGAUACACGGUAUCAAUGUCAUAUCACUCAUUCAGGUAUAGUGUGCUUCAAGCACACACACACAGUCUCCAGGUAAGUCUUUUUGAGCCUCUAUUAACUGUCCAGUGCUACGAGACACCACAUUUAUGCGGAUAUCUUCACACAAAUAACUGCUGUGGGGUGCCUUAAAUGUCAAGGUGGAGCAAAGAUUUCUCGUGUGAACUGAAAAAAAAAGUGUCAAGAUGCUACCUCGUUCUGUUCCUCCCAUCCCACAGCAAAACAAGUCGUUGCCUGAUAUGAUCUGGGAUGACACAGAGGUGACACCUGGUGCUGCCGCAGUCGACACGCGUAUGAUAAACUCUUGUCAGCAAAGCUAGGUCUGUGCUUUUAAAGGGAAGACUUUUACGUAUACAUACAGGCCAAAUUUCUUAAAUUAUAUUUUCAAGGUAUUACCGUUUUCAAUAUUCUUUGUAUGAUUCUGACAAAAUAAUUUCAGUUUGUCAAAAUGUAAAUGUAUAGCUAUGCAACAUUUAUUAUCAGUGGAUUCUAUUUAAAGAUUAUUUAAAAUCUUCAAACUAGGCACCGUUUUAGGAUUGUAUUUUAUUUUUUUGUCAUUCGGAGGUUUAAAGGUUCUUACUGAAAUAUGCAAUAAUGAUAACGACUCAGAGGAUAUUUUUUUUGUUUUUACACUAUACAACUCUUAACUACCAUGGUACACAAGCUAACAUUGUUUUGGUCUGCACAGACAUUUAAGUCUAACGCCUCGAUAGGUAAUUCGAUAAAAAGUCUGAAAGCUUUGUUGAUAAGUAGCUUUCCGAGUUUUUCUUCAAAGGAAAAUUUUCAAACGCAACAAAAUAAAUGCAUUUAAACUGCC